AUGAUAGAAACAGAUACGGCCAUGGCCCUUGCGGUCCAGGCAGACAAGGCAAGCAAGGCAGCCAAGGCAAGCAAGGCAAGCAAGCCAGCCAAGGCAAGCAAGCCAGCCAAGGCAAGCAAGGCAAGCAAGCCAGCCAAGGCAAGCAAGGCAAGCAAGGCAGCCAAGGCAAGCAAGGAAGGCAAGGCAGCCAAGGCAAGCAAGGCAGCCAAGGCAGCCAAGGCAAGCAAGGCAGCCAAGGCAGCCAAGGCAGCCAAGGCAGACAAGGCAGACAAGGCAGACAAGGCAGACAAGGCAGACAAGGCAGACAAGGCAAGCAAGGCAGCCAAGGCAGACAAGGCAAGCAAGGCAGCCAAGGCAGACAAGGCAGACAAGGCAGACAAGGCAAGCAAGGCAGCCAAGGCAGACAAGGCAAGCAAGGCAGCCAAGGCAGACAAGGCAAGCAAGGCAGACAAGGCAGACAAGGCAAGCAAGGCAGCCAAGGCAGACAAGGCAAGCAAGGCAGCCAAGGCAGACAAGGCAAGCAAGGCAGCCAAGGCAGACAAGGCAAGCAAGGCAGCCAAGGCAGACAAGGCAGCCAAGGCAGGCAAGGCAGGCAAGGCAGACAAGGCAGCUCCCGUCUUUCUCGGUUCGGCUGUGAAAGACGAAGCGGAGACGCCAGCGUCGCACUGUGCGUCGCAUUCAGCGUCGCGUACGUCGGACAAUAGAUGA